CGGUCAUCGGUUCAGUGUUGUCGUGACUGGGGUGUGUUGCGCACGCUCGGUGAGUGUGACCAACCCUCCAACACUUCAGACGCGUCAGAGUGUUCUUACAGAUACCAUAUCGCUGGUUGAGUGAAAUGCUGAGCCAAUAACUGAGGUCUCUUAAACUGCCGUUCCUAUGCCAAUUGCAAGGGUAAACUCUAUUAAAGCGUUUUUACUCAUUUCGAAGGAAACACGAAAAUGGAGGCUUACACUCUCCCCGAGGGCAUGUAGGAAUCUAGUGGAAAGUGUAAAAGUUCGAUUGUGUUUGAAUGGAUUGUCACAGGCAGCAAAGUGAUAAAGGUACGGACUCAGUAGUAUAGGAAUGGAUGACCAAAAAUUGCACUGAGCCAAAACAUUAGUCCCCUGCUUGAAAAAUACUACACUGAAAUCAGUUGAAGGAAAUAAAAAAAUUGAUCUAUAUCUAUUAGUUCUUUAGUUCAUUUAAUAAUCAAAUAUAUACUUAUAUAUGCACACCAUAUUGCUUCCAAUCUGGGGUGAAAAUUAAUAGGUUUAUUCGAUGAAUUCAAUUAUUAGAUAAUAAUGAUGAAACAUAAUUGACCGAAAACGCUCCUGGUAAAGUGAUUUUAAGUCCCUCGGUGUCCCAGUCUCUCCAAAACCGAAAUUCUGCUUGCACUCAGUAUACCACAAAAUUGAUUCCUCAGCACCAGCAGCAAGUGCCGCCCACCGCAGGACGUAUCCUAAGGACUGUUACAGGCUUAUCGAAGUGACGUCUCCAUGAUCGAAUGACCACAUCCAGACGUGCCCACCGCCCCUCCUCUGCUCCACAGAUCCCCUCGACGAUGUCUACUACAGCGCUCUUUCUCCUUGCUCUGGCUUUCCCCGUCGCCCACGCCCUUCCAGACGUGGUCGGGCUGGGCGGGGAGGCCGACUUCCACGCCAUCCGACUCCACUGGAAGUUCCCGAUGUCCGUCCCCGACCUCUACGCCUUCGUCAUCGACUACUGCGAGGACCAGCCGUGGGGUCAAUACCGGUGCAAGAAAAUGCAGCUGAAGGACGUGGAAGCGAACGAGAUCGACGCCAAGGACGCGCGGUUCCGCGAGUUCGCAGCCCUCAUCUCGGGGCUGCGCAUGGCCACCAACUACACGCUGGAGGUCACGCCCGUGCUGGAGGGCGAGGGCGACGGGCGAGGGAGGACCUUCGGCAGCGGCGUCGUCAUCAGGACCAAGGGAUUCUCGGCUCGGGCCACGCACUGCCUCGCCAACUCCAGCGUGGUGGAGGUCGAUACAGGACCCAAGUUCGGCGGAAAGAUCUCGGUGGAGGGCAGUGAGGACCCUCGGUGCAUCACGCAGGGCGACGCCACCAGCGGCAAGACGAGCUACCUGCUGGAGAUCGAGCACGACGUGUGUGGCAGCGAAGUCCAGAACACGUCGGUGCUUACUUUCAUUAUCGUCCAGGAGAACCUGCCCAUCCUCACGCAUUCCACGAGGAGGUUCCUAGUGAAGUGCAACUACGUCCCCGAGACCUUCACGGUGCGCGCAGGGGUGAAUCUCCCGGAGGAGAGCAACAGCGUCGACGACGAAGACCCGCUCGCCCCCGUCGGCCAGUCCGUGUAUGAGGUCGACCCCUCCGAGCUCUUCGAUUCCUCCAAUAACCUGUUCGACUCCCGGCUCUCGGAGGAAGUCGGGAGGGCCCUCAAGAUGUCUGCGAGCGACCAGAACAAAGAACCUCGCAUGUGGGCUCAUCUGGUGCUGAUGGUGAUCCUCGUAAUGGCGGCGGUGGUGGGCCUCUCCUGCGCGAUGUGGCACUUCGUCAGGCACGCCAGAGCGCAGAACCGCCAGGGAUUCAUGUCGCCGCAAGAGGAGCCACGGGUCCUGGAGGAGAGCAUGGAGGCGGUGGUCCGCGACUACACCCAGGGUGACACCGGGCCGGCUAUUGUCGAGAACCCCGUGGCGCUGGUCAGUGUUAAGUCCGUGCACGAGGAGACGGAGGCCUAGGGGGCGCGGAGAGGCCAGAGGAAGCGCGGGGUCAGAGAGGCCGAAGUCUCUCUGUUAUACAAAGGGUGCAGACUCACCCGUAUGCACGAGGAGCUUAAGGGCUUGAUAUAUCCGCUGCGUAUCCGAGCGCAAGGGAGGCUAAGCCUAGAAGCAAAUGCUUAAGUACAUUGGGAAUUAUCUCAAUCAAUGUUGAUGCUUCUUGUAUGAAAUGUUUUAAUCAUGUAAUGUGCUCGUUUGUAUGAGUGAGAGGGUGAGAGAGACACGAGGCACGUGUCAUUGUGAUAACUUAUGUGUUGUUAAAAGACUUCUUUUCGUCUUAGAAGGUAGAUUAAUUCAGACUUAAACUUUCAGAUUUUUUCCCUGUUAGUCAGUUUUCGUACUUUGAUAUUUUACUUAGAGACUAAGAUGACUAUUCCUUCUUUUUAUGUGUAGAUAUCACCCAUUCUCAUUCGCCGAAGAUAUAGGCAGGCUUAAUGUAAUUCCUUGUUUUAGCUCUAUAUUCUCAAAGGAUUCCUAUGUCUAUACCUGUAAGACCUCUAUGUACUUCAUAUUCAUGAUACAUCAAUGAAGGGAAAAAAGGUUAAACACACAAAGUCCUUUCGCUUCCUUGCUUCUUCUGGGCACAUGGAGAAACGC